AUGGGGUCAAAGGGAACCAUUAUCGUAACGGGGGCCAACGGCGGACUUGGCUCCGCCAUUGUGCAGAACAUCCUCGGCACUCCGGAUCUGGCCUCCAACUACACCGGCGUGUACGCGGUGCGAAAGGUCGCGACCGCGGCACAGCUCCAGGCGGCUCUGUCCCGGGCCCCGUCAAAUCACAAGCACGAGGCGGUUGACCUCGACCUGGGCUCGGUGGAAGAUGUCAGAAAGGUGGCCACGGACAUCAACGCAAAGGUGGCCAAGGGCGAGUUGCCCAAGAUCCGGGCCCUGAUUCUAAAUGCUGGAUAUCAAGAUCACACGGAUAUUGUUAUAAGUAAGGAUGGCUUCGAAAUGUCAUGGCAGGUCAACUUCCUCUCCAAUCUGAUCCUGGCGUUGCUCCUCCUCCAGAGUAUGGAUGAGCAAGAGGGUCGCAUACUCGUCAUUGGCAGCUGGGCCCAUAACAUUGACGACAAGCGCAACGACGUAAUGACCGCAUACAAGGAUCCCAGAUAUACAACUUUGUAUCCGGGCGUGGAUGCUCUCGCCAAGGGUGAAUGGAGCAGACCGGAAGAAGACCCAACGACCAACUCGGGCUUUCGUCGAUACGGGGCCAGCAAGCUAUGCGUCAUAAUGCUCGAGGAAUUAGCAAACCGCAUUGCAAAGGACCCCAAACUGAGCAACAUCUCCCUCAUCGACUUGGACCCUGGCGGCAUGCCCACCGGCAUUGCUCGCAGAGGGGGUUUCCUCCUGAGCUUCGUCGUGAUGAAGCUCGUUUUGCCCACCGUCGCCAACGUCAGCGUAUGGAUGAGCCCCAACGGCAUGCUUAGGACUGCACGGAAGAGCGCUGCAGAUGUCAUCAGAGCUUGCUUCGAGCUCGAGGCUCACCGCGGCGAGGCAUUGCAUUUGGACGGCUCGGCGACUGGGCUGGAGAUUGCCAAGGAGGCGAAAGAUGAGGCGAAGAGAAAGGAGGUGUGGGAGUAUGGCUUGAAGGCGGCGCACAUUGAAGAAGGGGAUACAGUUUUGGUGGAUUGGAAAUAA